CUGAUUUUAUCAAGAGUGACGGAAUAGACUUAAGGAAGAUGGGAGGAAGAUGAGAGGAAGCGAGGUGGGGAGGUCGAAGAGGUCUUCGACCUUUUUUAUCUUAAAUUUUGUGUAAUAGAUUUUUUCAGAAUCUUUUUGCCCAACAAAAUUUAGGCCUUUUUCUUUCUGUUAUUUGAGGAGAAGAGCGUUUUCUUGGUCUUGAUUUAGCUUGGAUUCAUGGGACUUCUCAGAUCAUUCCAAGUUUUUGAAGAAAUAGGCAAUUUCUAGGGUUUCUGAUUCUUUGGCUUGAACGUUUUUUGAGGUGAUUUGGGAACCAAGACUGGAUAAUUUCCCCCCUCCUUUUUUGCAGUUUAUUAUGGAAUUUUGACGAUCCUGGAGUUGGUUCAGCGUGCAGAACAGAGGAUUUAGGUUGUUUGAGUUCGUUUCUUCCUGUGCUUCAUUCUGCUAGUUCUAGCCUUUGAGUUGGAUUUGAGUAUCUUUUCCAAUAGUUCCUUCUGGUUUGUUUAGUCUUUUGAGUUCUAGCCUUUGAAUGUGAUGAGAAAGAUUUCCAUAUUUUUUUGGCGGAGAUUUUUGGUUUUCUUCUUUUGUUUCUUCUUCCAUCCUGAAGAAAUGCUAGAAAACUCCUAAAGCUUCUUCCUGACUUGAUUAUUUACUGCUUAUGUUGGAUUUGAGACUUAACGGUUAUCUUUGUUCUUUUCUCGAUCACAUCUCAUCUUUUUGUUGGCUGAUUACAAUCUUGCCUUUAUCUGCUUUGUUAUUUCUAGUGGAUCAUUAAUCAUUUAUUCCUAUUUUAGUGGUUUCUGGAAUUGGCAGAAACUCCACGAGUUUCUUCUUUUGCAGGUCUCAAUUCUUUACCCAAAGUCUCGAACACACUGAAAUUAUUCCCAUCCAUUCCCUCUUCCAAACCCUAAAAGCAACCCUUUGCUCUUCGAGUCUACAUCAUCAGGUGUACUAUCAUUCAGUUUCCCUCUAUCUUUAACGGAUUUUUCUUCUUCUUUUUGGGGUCUAUCUGUCGAUCCGAUAUUUUUCCGGGAAAGAAUGGCUUUGGCUUUCCCUCGAUUUUCUUGGUGGUUGUGGAGUGGAAAGGAUCACGAACCUACAGUGUCCUCUGGCUCUUCUUUAAAUUCUUCAUCUGAUUUUGGGUUGGGCGUGCGAGAAUUGGAUACUGUGAAAUUUCCUUCAGUAAAGGGAGGUAAGAUGCACUCCUCGCCGAGAAGGAUUAAGCGGAAAUGGCAUAGCAGAGAAGAGCGAAGAAUUGACAGGGAAUAUGAUCUGGUGCUGGUUCCAUCCGAUGGUGGGUGUUUAUCGGGAUCUGAAUCUGACGAUUCCGAUUGGUCGAUUGGGUGGUUGGAGCCCCAUGCCCCUGAUUUCCUGAGUGACGAUGAGGCAGAGAACAGUUUCGCCGUGCUUGUUCAAUGCUAUGGCCGUGGUCGGAGGGAGCUGGCGGAGGUGGAAAGUCCCAAGACCCAGUUUCCAAAGACCCUGUUCUUGGGUGCCAUCGGGAACCCCCCCAAUACUGCUAGCCAUUUUAUAGAAAGCAAGAAGUAUAUAGAAGAGUGGCUGUCUUCUCUUCAGAACAACUGAGAAUCACUACUUGUUAGUUGCUGUCAGAUUUGGCCCUAGGACAGUGCUUCUUCUGUGUAACUUGACUACCAGUGAAUAAUAGCAUUACCAAUCCAAUGACUAAGGAAGUGAAAGCAGCUAAAGUUGGAUGUGUAUAAGGCCUGGUUUGCUCCUUUCUUCUCUUGGGUGCAUAUUACCCUUUUGCUUCUUCCAGGAGUAGGGACUAAUUCGAUGGAGAACAAGAAAAAAAAUUUUGAGGGUGGAGGGGGGGAGGGGGGUGGUGCUGGUGUUUGAAUCCUUACAUAUAUAAUAUAUUCUUUGAAUGUAAAUAGCCGCUGCUGUACAUAUGGGAAAGCAUUUAUAUGCUUAAGUUAUCAGUUCUUGUAAAUAUACCUUCUAUUUUGUCCAUAAUAUCGAAGGGCCUGACUGAUAUAGUUA